AUGUCUCAUCUCAUAACCAUAUUAUGCCUACUUAUCGUUACCUGGUCGGCAUAUAAGAUCUUCAGGAUUGGUCGUCGGCCUUCGGAUUAUCCCCCUGGCCCACCAACUCUUCCUAUCCUCGGCAAUCUACACCAAAUGCCAACUAAAGAUCCGCAUAUCCAAUUCCGGAAGUGGAGCAAAGAGUACGGAUCAAUAUAUUCUGUCAUGGCAGGGACCCGGACUGUCAUUGUACUGAACACAGACGAGGUCGUCAAGGAGCUACUCGACAAAAGAGGCGCCAUCUACUCUUCUCGUCCUGACUCAUACAUCAUUGAUCUAGUAACCGGCGGUAGCAAGUUUGGCCUCAUGCCGUACAAUAAUACCUGGAAAAGCUGCCGCGCAGUAUUCAAGAGUAAUCUCAGCCCUGAAUCGGCCAAGACCUAUGUUCCUUACCAGGAUCUGGAGUCCAAGCAAAUGUCGAACGAUCUUUUGCAAGAACCCGAGCACUUCAAAGAUCACAUACGGCGCUUCACCAAUUCUAUUGCAUACCAAAUCGUUCUUGGGUUCCGUGUUGUAAAUAACCAUGACAGCAAUCUCAGACAAGUGUACGAGAGCUUCGAAAAAUGGAACUCACUGUUGGGUCACUUCCAUACCGUCCUCUUGGACUUGUAUCCCCCGUUGAGACAGCUACCAAAUUUCCUCGUUCCAAUUAGGAAGUACGCAAAGGAGAUCCAUGACGAGGAAGAAAACUUCUUCCAAGGCCACCUGAACAGUAUCAAGGAGAAGGUCGAGAACGGAAUGGCACAGCCGUGUCUGGCGGAAGAUGUAAUUAAGGCUCAAGAAGCCAAUGGCUUCCCAGACGAACUAGCCAGCAUGUUAUGCGGCGAUCUCAUUGAGGCCGGUUCGGACACGAUGGCCAACGAGUUGAUGGGAUUUGUCCUGGCCAUGGUUUUGUUCCCCGAAGUACAGAAACGGGCGCAGGCCGAGAUCGACCGCGUAUGUGGCGAUCGUCUUCCCGAACUGGAUGACAAUCUGCCUUAUGUCCGUGCCUGCGUCAAGGAAACAUAUCGGUGGAUGCCAACCGCCAUCCUUGGGAUUCCUCACGCCGUCACACAAGAUGAUUAUCAUCUAGGCUAUAAGAUCCCCAAAGGCGCCAUAAUCAUCCCUAAUGUCUGGGCCAUCCAUAUGGAUGAAAGGCGGCACCCCGAGCCGCGAGCAUUUGAGCCAUCCCGAUAUCUCGGCGACGAGUCGACGGCCAGGCAGUCAGCGCAGGCUGCUGAUCCGAAGAAACGCGACCAUUUUUCCUUUGGGGCAGGUCGUCGCCUGUGCGUGGGCAUUGAUCUGGCCGAGAACGGAACGUUCCUUGGAGUCUCAAGACUGCUUUGGGCCUUCGAUAUCUCCAAAGCCGCAGACGGUCAAGGAACCCUGAUCACGCCGGACCCAGAGAAGUUCACAGGCGGCAUGGCGGCAUGUCCAGAGGAUUUUCCGGCCAGGUUCACGCCUCGCAGCGAGAGGCAUGCCCGCAUCAUUAGGUCCGAGUGGGAAGAUGCUCAGCAGGAGCUGAACAAGGAGGAUAUGCAGUGGAAAGACCUGCCGACGAGCUCGAACUGA